UGAUCUUAGAAUGAACUUUUGAACAGAAAGAAUGUCGAAGAAGGAAUACGAAUGUAAAAUUUUAAAUUCAUGAUCAAAUUAGUGUGUAUAACAUAUGUUGAAUAUGUAAUGUAAGUUUAACAAGAUAUUUAAUUGUUUCAGUACAAUAAAGCGAUUUAUGAAAUAAAUGUAGAAAUGCUUAACAUACAUGAUAAAGAUUAUAGAGUUUUGGAUUUGGUACGGCAACGUGAGAUACAGGAUUCUGUAGCAUAUGCAGUUUCUCAGAAAUUGCAUGUUACAGAAAGUUUGAUAGCUCGAUUAGGAUUAGAGAAAGAAUUGGUCGGGCAUACAGGAUGUGUAAAUUGUUUAGAAUGGAACGAAAGUGGACAGAUCCUUGCUUCAGCAUCCGAUGAUAUGAAUAUUAUUUUAUGGGAUCCAUUUCGAUACGAAAAAAAAUUACUGCUUCGAACAGGUCAUCAUGGAAAUAUAUUUUCUGUUAAGUUUAUGCCAAAGUCAAAUGAUAGUAUACUGGUGUCGGGUGCUGGUGAUAGCAAAGUACGUGUUCGGGAUCUCACGCUUACCGAACCCAUACUUAUAUGUAAUUGCCAUAUGGGCCGUGUCAAACGUAUCGCUACUGCUUCUACUGUACCUUUCCUUUUUUGGAGUGCUGCAGAAGAUGGUCUUGUUUUACAAUAUGAUAUUCGCAUGCCACACACCUGCAAAAACAAUGAAUGUAAUACUGUAUUGAUAAAUCUCGUUAAUCAUUUGGGUCAGUAUGCAGAAGGCAAAUGUAUUUCUGUAAAUCCAAAAAAACCUGAAUUAAUAGCUGUUGGAGCAAACGAUGCCUAUAUACGAAUGUACGACCGCAGGAUGAUUAAACUUUCUCAGGUGCCUAUUAUCUCUUCUCCACGCAGUGACUGGGAGAGAGGAGAUUUAAAUAUACGUCGUGCUGGUGAAGGCGAUCCAGAUGAGAAUAUACCAUUGGGUUGCGCACAGUACUUUAUCGCGGGCCACCUGCAGUCUCGACAGCGUAAAAGUAGGAUUCUCACUACUACAUAUUUAAACUUCAGUGCUGAUGGGAAUGAGCUGCUUGUCAAUAUGGGUGGUGAACAAAUUUAUUUAUUUGACAUCAAUAAUCCAAAAUCUUUGAAGACAUACUGUGGUCAUUUUACAAAUACUUAUUCAGGAGAUCUUGGAAAAUGCUUUGUGGAAAAGAAUAAUCCGGAUGCUCUAGAUGGUACUAGGAAGAACAUUAAAGUUCUACCACAUCAUGUCGAAGAAUUAAAAUGUCAAGCCAAUGGACAUUUUGAACAACAAAAGUAUACUUUGGCAAUUACCUCAUACAACAAGGCAAUCAGUUACUGCCCUAAUGCAGCUGUGCUUUUUGCUAACAGAGCUGCAGCAUAUAUGAAACGAGCUUGGGACGGUGAUAUAUAUGCUGCUCUUAAAGACUGUCAAACUACAUUACUCCUUGAUCCAAGUCACGUAAAAGCACAUUUCAGAUUGGCACGAUGCUUGUUUGAUUUACAUCGGUCAGUUGAAGCUGAAGAAGUAAUUAAAGAUUUUCAGCAAAAAUUCCCUGAAUAUGCAUCUAAUUCUGCGUGUAAAGCAUUAAGAAUGGAUAUAAAGGAAGCUAUAGAAUCUGGCAAAGAUAGCGACAUAAAUCGCUUUCCAUUACAAAUCUCCGAACACGAACAAACAUGGCGACAUAAUACAAUUGACUAUAAAAUGAGAUUCUGUGGGCACUGUAACACCACAACCGAUAUAAAAGAAGCUAAUUUCUUCGGAAACAAUGGUCAAUAUAUUGUGGCAGGAUCAGAUGAUGGUUCCUUUUUUAUUUGGGAUCGAAAUACCACGAAUAUUAUUCGUGUAUUAAGGGGAGACGAACGUAUUGUAAACUGUCUGCAACCUCAUCCAUCUACAUGUUUAUUAGCUACCAGCGGUAUCGAUCCAGUAAUUAGAUUAUGGAGUCCUUUACCUGAGGAUGGUAGCGUAAAUGAAAGAGAAAUUCAGAAUUUGGAAGAUGCUGCAUCCGCAAAUCAAAUACGUAUGAAUAGUGAUCCGUUCGAGGUAAUGCUUAUGAAUAUGGGAUACCGAUUUCCUGUUCAACAGAAUGAACUUAACGAAGAUGGCGACGCGCAACAAGAUCAGUCAAUUAUGCAACCUUUGAAUUGUAGACCAAGUUAAAUUGUGAAAUGAAUAUGAAAAGUGGUAUAAAAUUGCAAUUAACCCAUUUACAUUAGGAAGCAGACUGUGUUGUGUUAUCCGUAUCACUAUAUGUGGCAUGAUUUACAAGGUAAUUGCACUUUAACACAAACGUCGUUCGUGUUCUUCCGUGCUGUGGCUGAACAUAACUUUUAAGCAACAUCAGACUUCGUGGAAUCCAAAAUAAUGGAUAAAGAAUGUAAUACUUUGGCAAAAAAUUUACAUAAUUUAUUAAAGUAAUCUAAACAAAGAUUGCACGUUAUAGUGAUAUAGGUAUCUUAGCACUUGUGGAUUAAUCCACGACUAAUUGUAAGCGAUAGGGCUAUAUAAACUAAACAUCGAAUGGGAAAUAUUCUGCUUCUUGAUGCAAAUAAGUUAAAUGACCGAAGACUUAUUCAGUACUGUAUCGUAAAAUAUUAAUGUUUUAAUUCCAAUUAUCUAUUUUUUUAUCAAUUUUGUGUAGUUGUUCACUUUUCCGUAAAUAAAGUGCUAAAGAAUA